AUGUGUCGUCUCCUGGGCCGUAUGUGUCGUCUCCCGGGCCGUAUGUGUCGUCUCCUGGGCCGUAUGUGUCGUCUCCUGGGCCGUAUGUGUCGUCUCCCGGGCUGUAUGUGUCGUCUCCUGGGCCGUAUGUGUCGUCUCCUGGGCCGUAUGUGUCGUCUCCCAGGCUGUAUGUGUCGUCUCCUGGGCCGUAUGUGUCGUCUCCCAGGCUGUAUGUGUCGUCUCCUGGGCUGUAUGUGUCGUCUCCCAGGCUGUAUGUGUCGUCUCCUAGGCCGUAUGUGUCGUCUCCUGGGCCGUAUGUGUUGUCUCCUGGGCCGUAUGUGUCGUCUCCCGGGCCGUAUGUCUCCUAGGCCGUAUGUGUCGUCUCCUGGGCCGUAUAUGUCGUCUCCCGGGCCGUAUGUCUCCUAG